AUGGCUGAGAAAAAGGAGACUUCGGCUGGCAUCAGCUCAAGGGAAACAACAAGCCUUUCUCACGCAGAAGAGGAAUUGGAGCCGAAAGAGAAGAGGGUGCAGAUGAGACCCAGCUGGCUGAAGGAUUUCAACGAAGAAAUCGCUGGAUUGCUUCAAGCUAUGGAACUCAAUUUCAAGCAACAUUCUGAUGCCCAAUUUCAAAAGUUCUCGGCUCUUUUGGAUCAGCAUGUUUCCAAGACAGAGGAACGAUUGAAUCAGCUUCCCAAUACUGGGUUGGGGGAGUCGGAAGGGAGAAGUGUUGAUCGGGAAUCUGCUCAGGCUGGGGUAAGACGUUCAGACAUGACGAGUGAUGAUCGUGAGCUGAACACCUUACUCAAAACUCUUCGGGUUAAGGUGCCAAGGUUUGACAGAUCGGAGGUGGAUGACUGGAUUUAUAAGAUUAACAAGUUCUUUGACUUGCAUAAAAUCGAUGAACCGAUGCGGUUGGCGAUGGCGGCAUUUCACUUGGAUGGAGCUCCAUCCACUUGGUUUCAAUGGAUGGAAAAGGGAGGGGCAAUCACGAACUGGACCUCGUUCCUCAAAGCGUUGCAACAACGUUUCGGCACUUCGAUUUAUGACGAUCCCCUUGGUCGCAUAUCCAAGCUUACUCAGUCGGGGAAGGUAGCUGAAUACAGGGCCGAAUUUGAGGCAUUAAUGCCUCGCAUUACAGGAGUGUCGGAGGCGAUGUUUAUGAAUUUUUUUGUUUGGGGUCUCAAGUUAGAGAUCCGAAGGGAAUUGCUUCUAUCGGCGCCAUUGAACUUGAGUGAUGCUAUGGCAAAGGCUCAACUAUUCGAAGAUCGUAAUGAAGAUUUGGGCAGUCGACGCCGAUUGGACACACCUCGGACGGGCUGGUAUGGGAAACCCGCGCCUUCGUCAACAACCAUUAUGGGCACACCAAACAGUUCGGGUUCCGGUUACAAACCAAUGUCUCCAGUAUCGAAUUCAGGGCACUCAAUUCCUUCACCACCCACCACACCACUACUGCCUAUUAAAAAACUGUCACCAGCUGAGUUGAAGGAACGACGGGACAAGGGCCUUUGCUUCACAUGCGACGAGAAGUUUAGCCAUGGUCACAAGUGCAAGAAUAGGAUGUUGAUUCUUUGUGCCCAAGAUGAAGAAGAAAACGAACCUGGGCUGGACCAUUUAGGAAGCGAAAUGGAGGAUACAACAGAGGAAGAAGUUAGUCUCCACUCUCUAUCGAACUCGAUGAACCCCCGCAUUUUUCGUCUUAUGGCAUACCACGGGUCGGAAACAGUCGAAGUGCUAGUCGACACCGGCAGCAACAACAACUUUAUACAAGAGACGCUCGCAGAACAAUUGAAACUACCAUAUGAGGAGACUAAACGCUUCAAAGUAUAUAUGGGUAAUGGCCACUUCUUGCUUUGUUCUAAAUUGUGCCGAAAUGUGGAAUUGACAUUACAGGGACAUAGUUUCACGGUGGAUCUCUAUGUGUUACCCAUUCGAGGACUCGAUGUGGUUUUGGGUAUGCAGUGGCUUCAAACACUUGGCCCGUGCAUUCACGAUCACAAGGCAUUAACCAUGGAGUUUGGGUGGAAUGGUAGUACUGUAAAACUGGAAGGGUCAAAAGAGGUAGCUGCCCAUCAAUUGACUUUCUCUCAGUUACAUGCGUUGUUCAGGGAAGGUGACAUUAGAGACUGUUUGAAGUUAUAUACGACAGUCGUGAAGCAACAAGAAGACAAUCACUCACUUCAAGGUUUGGCUGAUAUUUUACCGAAGGAAGCAUCUGGGUUAUUGUCUGAAUUUCAGGAUGUGUUUGCGGAGCCCAAGCAGUUACCGUCUCACCGGAAGGAUGAUUAUCGUAUCUUUUUACAGCAAGGCACGACCCCAAUCAAUGUUCGACCAUACCGGUACCCAUAUUUCCAAAAAGACGUUAUUGAGAAGUUGGAUGGAACAUGGCGCUUUUGCGUCGAUUACCGAGCACUCAACGGCAUCACAAUCAAGGAUCGAUUUCCCAUUCCUACAAUCGAUGAGCUAUUGGAUGAGUUGGGUCAUGCUAAGGUCUUUUCUAAGUUGGAUAUUCGGGCUGGCUAUCAUCAAAUUAGAAUGGAUCCGCGGGAUAUUCAUAAAAUGACAUUUCGGACACAUGACGGGCACUAUGAGUUCGUUGUAAUGCCGUUUGGGCUUACCAACGCUCCGUCAACCUUUCAAGCAGCCAUGAAUCACCUAUUCCGACCGUAUUUGCGCCGUUUUGUCACAGUAUUUUUCGACGAUAUACUGGUGUAUAGCAGCAGUUCGGCAGAGCACAUGGGACAUUUGAGGACUGUAUUACAGUUGUUACGAUCCCACAGUUUCUAUGCUAAAGCAAGUAAGUGCCAAUUCUUUCAAGAGACCAUUGAAUACUUGGGCCAUAUUGUUUCGGCAGAAGGAGUAAAAGCUGAUCCUGCAAAGAUAGCAGUGUUGGGUUUUAUGUCCUAA